UGCAGCUCAGAUCUGGAAUUGCCAUUGCAGUGACAUAGACCUCAGCUGCAACUCUGAUUUGACCCCUAGCCCAGGAAUUUCCAUACACUAUGGGUGUGGGCCUCCAGCCUGCACUGCCCCCCCCAAAAAAAGAUUAUUUCAAAGCAUUGAGGGAGUGCGUGAGGUCUUUGCUGAUACAUUGAAAGUAAGAAUACAGUAGUCAACUGGUUGCAUGAUACCCCCUAAGCGUUGUGGACCACAUAAAUGCCAAUGGAGAGGAGAGGGAAUAGCUGGACUUACCCAGCACUCUUGUUUAAUAAUGGGUUACAAGGACAUGAAUGAAUGCACAUGAACAAUGAUGGAAUGAAUAAGAAGCUUAAUGACUUCCUCUAAGAUCAAAGAGCUGAGAAAACUGUGAUUUCAAGUAAGGUACAUCAGAUUGCACGGACUUUCUUCUUUUUGCUGAAUUUUGCCAUUUUGGAUCUGGAAAGGCAGGCCUUUCAUAAAGUAGCACCCCAAAUAAUAGGAAAUUCUGCUUUUUAGAAUAAUCUGGGAGUCUUCCUGGAUGAGGUUAUGCUAAAGGUGGCAUCCGUUUCUGUAGAUUUGGAUGAGGCAAGUCUUGAUGUCUUCAGAGGAGUCAAGUCAUCAGCUGAGCACUCAGGCCAGUUAUUCUGUGUAUGACUACUUCUGUCUCUUAGCAGCUCUUCGCAGAGGUUGGGAGGCAUGCAGUACUCUUAAAAAUCAGAAACUCUUUGAGGGCAGAGAUUUUGUCUUUGAACUCUGUAUACUUAAUGGCCAGGGGUGCUUAAAGAUGAUUGAAAAAAAAAAUACCUCAUCUACAUGUAUACCUAUAUAGCUCACAAUAGCUCAUGUAAAACCAUAAAUAUAGAGAAAAUCAUAGACUAUGGAUAUUAUUAAUGCUCACAUUAAAAAAUAUACAGGAGUUCCUGUUGUGGCUCAGCGAGUUAAAAAACCUGACUAGUAUCCAUGAGGAUGCAGGUUCAACCCUGGCUCCACUCAGUGGGUUAAGGGUCCAGAGCUGCUGUGAGCUGUGGUGUAGGUCACAGACAUGGCUUGGAACCUGCAUUGCUGUGGCUGUGAUGUAGGCCAGUGUCUGCAGCUCCGAUUUGACCUCAGCCUGGGAACUUCCAUAUGCUGCAAGUGCAUCCCUAAAAAAGACAGAAAAAAAAAUUAAGAAUAAAUAGAUUAACUUCUGCCAUAUAUUCCCAUCAUGCUUGAAAAAAGUAUUAUCGUAAGAAUUAUGUAUAUUUGGCUUUUACUUGUGCUGUUAGAAUGUAAAUAUGCUGACAGAGGAGAAGAAAUGGGAUGAAAGGGGCAUGAAGAGGUAGUAGGAACAGUCUGUGGACCUUUUAAGGACCAACUACUCGGUCCCUGAUGGGGUAGCCUGAUGUUUCUACAAUUUUAAUAAUUACCUCAUUGAUGAAAAAAUCACUCCAUAAAAGUGCAUUAAGACAAAGGAAAGAAAUUAUAUUUGAUAUAUUGGAAUAAGAACUCAGGAAUCUAAAGAAGCCCAACAAUUUCAAAGAACUCUGUCUUUUGUGUUCCUGAUGGGAAGUUCAGGCAGUCCUUCUUUCCAUCUAAAACAACAACAGACUUGAGCCCUAUUUCAAGGUGCAUCACAAAACUAUGUUAGCAUGAAACUGGCUUUGAAGUCAGAAGACAAAGGCCAAAGUUGGGCUGAAAUCUAGAACUUGUUUAGUGGUAUAACACGGGCAAAUUAAUAUAUAUGUAUGUAUAUUAAUUAACAUAUAUUAACAUAUAUGUAUAUGGAUAAAAUGUGUGUUUGGGAGAAGAAGCAGAUCCUUCUUCCUUUUUCAAAUUUGGCUGAGAGGCUACACAUAAAGUCAAAAUGAAGGAGAAUUUGAAAUAAAUGUUGGCAGAAGCGUGGACAAUUUGACAGAGGAAGAAGUUUGAAUUCCUAGGGACAGUGGGAUGAAAUAGCCCCGGUGGCACUACCUACUAGGCCUCAAGGGAGUUCUCAGGAGGAAUUGUGAAAUCAGGUAGAGUCAUGAUGACUUAGACUCCACCGGAGCUUGGAGGAGUCUUCAUAAGUGCUCUGUUUAUGAGUCUUAGGAAAAGAAAGAAGUCCAGUUAAUUCCCAACAGAAGCACAGAGGUUGAUACAGGUAAAAAUUAACCUUGAAAUCUUUUUACAUGCCCUCCAGGUAGCAAGCUCUACCUAGGAUUAUUUAUGCCCAUUAUUUCAUUAAAUCCUGGUAAAAAUUCUGGUGAAGGAAAUGAUAAGGGCACAUGAGAGGAGCCUGUGGAGUGUCGGGGGUUGUGGGAAGGUAAAGGGAAGAUGGAAAAAAAGUAAAAUGUAGAUAUUGUCCUUAAGAGUAAGAGAAGUAAAAAGGUAAAAAGAAGAUAUAAAACUGUGGGGAGGACCUAGGACAUCGAUAAACAUGAAGCCAAGACUGGAUGGAUGAGUAAGUGAGGAUUGAAUUGGAAGCCAGAGAAAAGGGGGACUGAGAAUUCAGGAAGAAUGGAAAGAGAUGAGAAUAGAGAUGGGAAUGAGAUUUUUUUAAGGAGGAAAUGGGGUAAAACAUAGAAAACAGAGAGAAAAACAGAGUCCAAAGCAGCAAAAAGAAAGGGUGAAAAAAGAAUCAUUCCCAUAAAAGAGUAGUACUUUAGCAGGCCCUGGGGACUUAAUCAGAAACUAUCAAAUAUUUUUCAUUUUUCCAAGAAAAAUAACUAGUAGGGCUGAGCCAACUGAUUCUUCCCCUCACCCCUUGCUAGAGAAGGGGGACCAGCAGGACCAACCAAUGGAAGGGCUCUCAACACGUAAGUGAUGCCGCAGUGAACACUGGGGUGCAUGCAUCCUUUGGAAUUAUGGUUUUCUCAGGACACAUGCUCAGGAGUGGGAUUGCUGGAUCACAUGGUAGUUCUGUAUUUAGUUUUGUAAGGAACCUCCACAUCGCUCGUCACAGUGGUUUCACCAGCCUACAUCCCCAGCAGUGUACAAGGGUUCCCUUUUCUCCACAUCCUCUCCAGCCUUUGUAGAUACUGUUGAUGGCCCUUCUGACUGGUGUGAGGUGAUACCUCAUUGUAGUUUUAAAGCAUAAAAAAAGUCCCUUCCUCAAAGUGCUCCAGAGGGUUAGAAGAGCAGCACAAAGUGCUUGGUUUAGAUCUGAGCAUUGUGAUUUAUCUGGAGAGAGAUCUGGAUUCUGCAACACAUAAUACAACCUUUGUAAGUGUACCCCACAAUCUUCCAAAGAUUCCUCUGUGUCUAAGAGAUGAGAAUCUGCAAAAUGACAUCUUUGCUGUGUUCCCUCCCAAGCAGCAAAUUCUCAUCUCACAGCAGAGAAACAGGAGUCACGAUGAGCCUGGAAGCCUACCUGGUCAUAUGCACCUGAAAGUACCCCUAACCCCCAACCCCAACACUCCCAGAGCCGCUUUUGAAAUCUGUCUUUCUCCUUUCUUACAACCGGUACCUAGGUGAUAACCCGGACAACAUAUGAUACUUCUCAAAGAGCCCCCAUUUAAGUUUUUGUUUUUGUUUUUGUUUUCUUUCCUGUGCCCUGUUAGAAAAAGAGAUUUUUCUCUAGGAUAAUGAUUUUAAAGCCACAUGCAGAAAACCAGGGAGGAGUUUGAGGGUUUCUAAAAACCUCUAAAAAGAAGAAUGAGAUUUAAUCAUACAUAUUAAUGUAUUCAUUUCAUUCCUUCAUUCCACACAUAUAGAAAAACUAAUAUAUGUUUGGCAUAUGGUCUUUUAGAGGGUGAAUGGCUAAAUACUCCUUUCCUUUAGGGAGUUUAAUUCUAGUAGGAGAGAUAGACAUUAAACCAAUACUUAUACAAUGUUUAAUUUACUGUACUAACUUGUAAGAAGAAUAUGAGAACUGCACACUAAGGGCAUUUGGAAAAGGAUUAUUGGGAAGCAUAGACAGACUUCAAUUAGGCAAAGAGGAACCUUAUAGAAGGUGAUGAAAGAUACAAUAAACAGAGAGGAACACAGAUGGAAAUCCCAUAUCAGGAAGUAUUUUAGGAAAUCUACUUAAACACUGCAAAUUUGGCUGGACUGAAAUGGUGAGAGUUGGUCCUGGAGAAGUAAAUAUGGAUUAGAUUGUGUGGUACCUUGAAGGCUAAGAUGAGGAUUUAGGACUCUGUUCUAAGUACAGCAGGAGCUUUUGCUUUUGAUGCAUAAAUCAUUUUCAGUUUUUCAAAAUUCAUUCUGACUACAGGAUGAAGAAUUAUUUAAAGGGGGCACUAGUGAUUGAAGGACAAUCUGUCAGAGAGCCUAGCAGAAAUGGCUGUGCUGUGUCUUGGCUAAACAGAAGGAAGAAAGGGGUCAUGACUUCCUAUGAUUUGGAGACAUUUGAAAUUGACUAAAUCUUGUUUUGAUUAAACAAGAAGUUUCAAGAAUGGCCCCAAGUUUCUGGGGGUGAAAAGAAUUUCACCAUAAAAAUCCUGUGAGUGGCUACUCUCAUAUCCCGUGGGCAUCUUUCUGAGGCAACAGCUCUAUCCCUCGCUACUUUCCUUUUUCCAGGCUGGGGGUCGAAUCAGGGCUGAAGCUGCCCGCUUCUGCCACAGCCACAGCAACUCAGGAUCUGAGCUGCCUCUGCAACCCUCACCACAGCUCACUGCAAUGACAGAUCCUUAACCCACUGAACAAGGCCAGGGAAUCGAACCUGCCUCCUUAUGGUUACUGGUCGUUUGUUACCCCUGAGCCACAACGGGAACUAUCCCUUGCUACUUAAAAAUGAGGUUAUGGAAAGUUAUGUAUAAUUAAAAUUAGUGAAAAUUAAGAACAGUUUUAUUCACUAAUGUGUCUAUUUACAAAUGCAAGCCAUUAUAAAUACAGAGACAUAGGGGCCUAGGCAUAUGGAAGAUUUUAUACACACACACACUUUUCCAAGCUAAUUAUAUAUUUAUUUUGACUACUUCACUUUCAUUGUUUAAAAACAAUCAUUUUAAAUGGUUCCCACCACCACCCUAAAGUCUCAAAAAGGUAAUAGUUUUAAGACUUCUCCUUUUUUGGAAGCAUUAUAAUGUAAACUCUGGACCAGCCAGCAGAAAGAUCACUCCCCCCCCCCGCCCCCGAAUAUAAAUAAAUAAGUCAUUGGCCCUUUAGAUGCCUAGCCUGCCAACCCCCUCCACAAUUUCUUUCCAAACUGACCUGAAGUUUUUAAAAAAUAAAAUAUCAGGCUAGUUUACCUGUUACAUUAUAACAUUACACUGCAGUUUUUAAACAAUCCAUUCAUGAGAAGAGUAAACCCUGGCUGUGAUGCUGCCACGUCCUCUGCAGUGGGAACCGCUGGGCGAUUCAGCUGUUGAGUUCGGUGGUCUCUUAUACACACGUGGGUGUGUGUGUGGGUGUGUGUGUGUGUGUGUGUGUGUGUGUGUGUAUGAGAGAGAGAGAGUGUGUAUAUACACACAUACAUAAGGAUUGAUGUGGAUGUGGAUUUGUGAUGGUGAUGAAGCUGUGUGUAGCCGUGUGCGUGGUAAUGGUAUUGACAGUUAUUGUUUGAUUAUUUAGCAAAAUGCUCUAUGCUAUUAAGUCUUUGCAAACCUUGAUUGCUGUUAAGGGAGGAAAUACCCAAAUUUUCUACUGUCUGAACACAUUAUUUCAUCUUAUCUCCAUUUUUCAGAUGAACGAAUUAAAUUCAAGGGAAGGGUCGUCAUCUCAUGUGAUUUUCUAGGAAGGAAAAAGACAAAGUGAUGCAAAAACCUCUCAGACACGGAUUUGAAUAUAGUUUGUCCCCCUGCUGUUUCACUUACAUAUUCAUAAAGCCCUUUACAUAUCUCGUAUGAAAAUAUAUUUUCAGUUUAGGAGCUGAGAGUUGUGUGGGAGAGUCCAGCCUCCCCCAGUGAUGAGAACACCAUGCUGAACCCUAACGCAUCACAUGCCGCCCACCACAGUUUCAUUUUGACAGGUAUCCCGGGAAUGCCGGAUAAAAACCUGUGGAUGGCCUUUCCCCUGGGAUUUCUCUACACCCUAACUCUCCUGGGAAAUGGCACCGUCCUAGCUGUCAUCAAGGCAGAUCAGAGCCUCCACGAGCCCAUGUACCACUUCCUCUCUAUCUUGGCUUUGGCUGAUGUUGGUCUCUCCAUGUCCACCUUGCCCUCCAUGCUCAGCAUCUUCUGGUUUAAUGUCCCUGAGAUUCCCUUUGAUGCGUGCAUCACACAGAUGUUCUUCAUCCAUGGAUUCGGAGUGGUAGAAUCAGGCGUAUUGGUGUCCAUGGCCUUCGACAGAUGUGUGGCCAUCCGAGACCCACUUCGCUAUGCGUCCAUCCUCACCCAAGGCAUCAUUGGCAAGAUUGGAGUAGCUGUCGUCACUCGUGCAAUCUGUGUGGUCUUCCCUGUGCCCUUCCUUAUAAAGCGGCUACCCUUCUGCCGUUCCAAUGUCUUGUCUCAUUCCUACUGUCUCCACCAAGAUGCCAUGAGGCUGGCCUGCGCCAGCACCCGCAUCAACAGCCUCUAUGGCCUCAUCGUAGUCAUCUUCACACUGGGGCUUGAUGCCCUCAGCAUUCUCUUUUCUUACGUGCUCAUCCUGAAGACAGUGCUGAGCAUCGCUUCCCGAACUGAAAGGCUUAAAGCUCUCAACACCUGCCUCUCUCACAUCUGCGCUGUGCUCCUCUUCUACGUUCCUCUCAUUGGCGUCACCAUGAUCCACAGAUUUGGGAAGCACCUGUCACCCGUGGUGCACACUCUCAUGGCCAACAUCUACCUCUUACUGCCCCCUGUCCUAAACCCCAUUGUUUACAGCGUGAAGACCAAGCAGAUUCGGAGCAGGAUCGUCCACGUGUUCCAGAGGACAAGGAACAGGGUCUAGGGGAUGGAGUCAAAUUCUGUAAGAUGCAGAAUAAGCAGCAUUUUGAGCAGUUACAGUGUAGUGAAAUCAUACGCAUUUGGUAAAUCCAACGUGGACGAGGCUUGUGGCGAAGUCAUUCUUACUCUGUGUGUACUCCAUUUUAUUUAUUUAUUUAAUCUUUUUGCCCUCAACCGUGGCAGGUGGAAGUUCCUGGGCCAGGGAUCGAACCUGUGCCACAGCAGUGACAACUCUGGAUCCUUAACCCUGCACAUUCCAUUUGAGAAUGUACAGAUUUUGGUAUCUGCUCUCACAUACUGAAUCUGCUGUCAUUAACGUCAUGAUGUUUCUCCUCUGUAACUGGAGUUGAGCAUCAGUGAAGACGUAAAUUAUCACCUAUUUAUUCAGAUAACACUUACAACGGUUUAUUCAUAGCAUGUUAACUAAUAUUUUUCUUUAAUUAAUAAAUAUCAGGAAGGAUUCAGGAAAUUCAUAGCAUUGCUGAAAGCGUACAUCACGGAGAUAGUAUUUUUUUUUUCCCUAAAAUAGAUCAAAGAAAACUGCUACCUAAUAAAAUAGAGUUGGAUUUUAGGGAAAGAUGCCUUUGAUAAAGUUGAAACAAACUCAUCAUGUGGUUCCUUAAUACAUGCCUUGUCUUUUAAGGGUUAUCACUUAUUCUCAGAUUUAUAACGGUUCUGGUUUUCUGCCACAUACUUCGUCGGAUAAGAGGUGCUCGUCUUUAUUCUUUUAACCCGGCAUAAGUGAAGUCUGUUUUGCUGUUUGCAAGAGGACCCAGCAAAACUUUAUCACAUGAAAUUACUGCUGGAUGUUGUAUGAGGACAAGUGAAUUAUUGCAGCACUGGGAAGUUUAGGAAAGCAGUGUACACAUGUAAGGAUGUGUCAAAGGCCAUGUGUCUUUGCAGUGAUGCUCGUACAUGCUUUAAUUAUUUUUUCAUCCUUACACAAUCAAGAUGCUAGUGGGAUUACUUACUCAUUCAAUAAAUAUACAUUUAACACUAAUGAAGUGCCAGUCAUGAUGCUAGACCCUGGAGAUACAGAGAAAAAUGCACCAUUUUUUCCCCCAAUCCCUGGGAUAUUUUUCUGUAAGGAAAUAUGUAUACAGUUACACGUCAAGUAGGUAUUAGGACAAUAUCACAUUUAACUUGAUAAUACUAAUAGUGCUACUUUCCUUUAUGUAUUCUCUUAGGGAAUUUUCCCAACAACCUUUGAGAGUAGGUGUUACCACCUUUUAUACGUAAGGAAAUUAGAUGUAGAGCAGUUAAGUAACUUGCUCAAAGUCAUACAGUUUCUGAGUGGAAGAACUAGAUUCAAAUGUAGAUCCGUUGAUUCCAAAGUCUGUGAAUUGAGACUUGAUCCAUGUCUCAGAGUUUCUUAGGUUUGCAGGCAAAUUCCAGGAAGAGGGAAAGGACCAGAGAUCCGAAGCUCCAGAUGUGCAAGAGAGAAGCUGAAAAUCAACAUUGUAGAAACCUUAAGUUCAUCUUGCCAAGAUGAAACUAGACAGAGAAGCAAAUUCAGACUAAAUGUGCAAGAUUGAUACAGAGUUUCCAUUUUGAAUGUUAGAAAAGUACUUGAAAAUUGUUGGCUUGUGCAAUGCAAAAAUCAGCCAAGGCCUCCAUAUAGGCAGAUGCUAUCUAAAUGGCAAAUCCCCAAAGACACAUUAAAAUCAACUGGCCUACAAGGGGAACAUAAUAGAACUUUUAUUUGCGUAAAUUCAUCUUAUCCUCCAAAAAUAUUAUUUUUCUUAGUGUGUUACCAUAUACAUAAUAGGUUAUGUAGUGAUACCUGUAUACAAUUUUUGAAUGAAUAAAUUCAAAAUAUAUUAAUAUGAAAGAAUGCCACCCUCUUUUUUUUUUUCUUGUACAGAUGCCUAACCAAAAACUAGAAAACUACCACUUUAGACUAAGGAUAAAAGCCAACCAACAUAUUAACAGUGUUUCAAUAGUGUGAUAACAGAGGCAGUUAGGAGAAAGCGCCCAUUGAAUGCCAUUAAUCUUUGAUUCUCUGAUGGGGGCCUGUAGUAGGAGGAAUCAGAAAUCUAAAUUCUUUACCAGCAGCAAACACAUACACUCCACAUCCUCCCUGGGUGCUCCUUUUUCUAGCUCUUGCUGUCUGACUUGGUCUCCUUUGCUUCAUGAAAGCUGUGUUUUCCAUGGCUCAGAUCUCUUUUUAAAUAAGUCGGAUAUUUUCCUCUCAGUCAUCCUUCCACUUGAUAUAUUGGGGUGAUUUACAAAUAUUUAUAGUCCCCUGCUUUUUUCAAAAUAUUUGCAUUUAAUUUAAAAAAUUUAUAAACAUUUAAAGGUUAUUUUCCAUUUAUAGUUAUUACAAAUAUUGCCUCUAUUCUCUGUGUGGUGCCAUAUAUCCCUGAGCCUGUCUUACUCCCAAUAGUUGGUACCUCCUCACCCCUAGGUUGCCCGUCUCCCUGCUUGCCACUGGACCCCACUAGUUUGUCCUCUAGAUCUGUAAGUCUUCUUUUUUGCUCUGUUCACAGUUUGCUGUGUUUUUUAGGUUCCACCUCUAAGUAAUCUCACACAGUAUUUAUCUUUGCCUGAACAGACCCUGGCUUUUUAGCCUCUGUGCCGGGUUCGCAGCACCCUACUGCAUUCCUCCUUCCGUCUUCCCAUUUCCUCGCUUGUCUUCCUUCACUUCUUCCCCCCACACAGUGUGUUUCCCAAGUUCUCCCCUUGGCAUCCUGUUACCUCAAUACAUUUCUUCCUCCAAGAUGCCAUUCAUGUUAAUGGCUUAAAGUUGAGCCCACAUGCAUCUUUUCUUCUCCCUCUCCUCUCUCUCUCUCAUAAUCAAAUUCUUUUUUUUUUAAACUGCCUUUGCAUAAUCUCUAUAUGGAGUUUUUAAUAUACCUCAAUCCACACCAUCCAGAUGUAACACUUGCUUUUUCCCACAGUGUCACUUUCAGUUUCCUUAAAGGUCUAAACAUGCACCAUUCACACAACCUUCGAAAACAUACCAGCACGUAUCCAGAAGCUGAGUCCUUGGUUCUGUCUUUGAUUUGCCUCUGUCAUCCACGUCCAUGGCCAUCACUCUAGUUUAGUCCUCGUACAAACGUAAGGUACAUUUUUUGUAUCAGAAUCGUAGGGUGGUAUGGAAUGAGGGGAUGUUUUCUGAGGGGGACAAAAGCAACCAGCACGGGAGAGAGUAUGUCCGACUAUAUCUUAAAACAAGAUGUCUUAGAAAAAUGUUUCUUGAGUGUAUUUAUUCAUUGCACCUGAUUUAGAUGAGUUUCUUUGCCUAGACCUAGAGCCUUGGUCUGAUGUUGUAAUUGUAUGAAAUAUUUUUGGGGUCUUGAGAAAGGGAGAAUAUAUUUUGCAUUUAGGAAAAUGUACAGCCUUUUGGCCGAGGGCAGAUUGUGCUGAUUUAAAAUAUGGCCCCUAAAUUUUGGGAUAUGCCUCGCAUCAAAGGUGAAGUCCAC